CCUUCUUUCACUUUUGAAGCCGGCAAAAUGGGUUGUCCUUCCACUUUCGAUGUGGUGCCGCAAACCCGCGAUGCACUGAGCUGCCAACCACACUUUUGCUUUUACGUCGGCACUCCAGACCUGCUCGAGAGCCGCAGCCAUGAAAAGGCAUCAUACGUUCUGACCUUUAAAGAACAGGACAAUUCCUCCUCGUCCAAAGUCCUCGUCCUCCUCGACGGCUUCGACAAAACCCGCACCUUCUCCCCCGACGUCAACGAUACCCUCGGCGUCGAAUUCCACUGGCGCGACCUCACCUCCGAUCUGCCCUUUGUCUCGCCGCCGCGCAUCUACUUUGUCUUCGACCUUUGCGAGUCCAGCCGCCAAAGUUUUCUUCCUUCCUUUAUAUCCUUGCUCAAGCUGGCGCUGGGUCCGCAAACGGUACCCUCGCACUUGGACUAUAAGUUGAGUGAGGACUUUGUUGCCGCGCUGAACGCUAUUGACGCGGAUCCCACGGGCAAGGGUGAUCUGGCGGCCAGUUUCGCCUCGUUGGCGUCGGAACUUCCACCACACUUGUCUCCGCUGCACCCUGGCCCGGACUCGGCCGUUCUGAGGGAGUUCUUUCUCAGUAUGACGGAUAGAACGGCCUGGUCCAUGCAUGGCACGUUAAGUAGCUCGGCGACGAAGCAAUUUUUUGAGCUAGUAAAGAUGCUGGCUUCUUCGGGGGGACCACCGCCACCACCGCCUGAGACCAGCAACAACAAUAACAGCACGAGACCCAAAGAAAAGUCGACCAUACCCUGGUACCGCAACUGGAUGCCCUUGAAUUUGGGUAGCGAGCGCCCGCCGCCGCACGACGUCGAAGCGGUGCUGAUUCGCACGCGGUGGCGUGCGCCGCGCCUGUGGGCCUGGAACCUGCUCGGCACGGGCCACGAGAUACAGCCGCUCAAGACUCUCUUGGAUGCAUUCAAGGAGGUGGGAUACCUGGACACGCAAGAGGGCAAGGUACAGACCCUGGUGAGUCUGGUGGAGGGACAGGGGACUGACCCGUUGCGGCCGUCGAAAUCCAGGCCGCGCGAGGUAGGGUUGGUGGUGAAAGCUAUACGGUAUACUCUUGCGUUGUCCACGCCUACGACGCCACCACCAUCACUCAGAGACGCCCUCACAAAACUCGACCGACUCAAGAUCUUACUUCCCGCGGUGCAGAAAAAGGGGAAUAAAGAGCUCCUAGCCUGGUUGCUCGAUGACGCUGACAAUCAAGGAGGAGGAGGAGGAGGAGGAGGAAACCUGCGCGAGGUACUCAAUACAGCCAACUACAUUCGAGGGCCGAGCCCGGAGAAUCGAAUGAAGAGGGUCUGGCUGCAAAACUAUGUGCUGCAUACUGCCGUUUGUCGCGGAGAUGUGGAUAUGGUCAAGCUCCUGUUGGAGCGGGGCGCCAAGAUGUUGCGGGACGACGAAGGAAGAACGCCGCUGAUGUUUGCACGGAUGUUGUCAGGCAGUCGCAUACGCUAUCACGAGAUAGAGGAGAAGGUCGAGGUGUUGGAGGGGUGGUUGAGGGAGAGAGAGUUGGAUAGCGAGUAUUGGGAUGAGCCGGAGGAGUAUGCUUUGGAUGCGUCCGAGGGAGAAGACGGGUUUGAGUUUGAGAUUUCCAAGGGAUUAUGGUUUUUGUAGCACGUGAUAGGCUAAAAGGACUUGUUGUACUUGGAUAGAGAGGUACCUCUACUUAUAAAGGGAUUACUGA